AUGUGGACAGCUGUGACUCAGGUGGAGCUGAGGAACCGGUCAGACACCGGCAAAGCCAACACGUCACCCCAAACCACCAUACUUCCAGCUGUGCGAGUUCCUUCAAACUGUCAGAGAGAUUACAACCUGCUGGCGUUUGACCCUGACGGAGACGAGGUUAAAUGCAGAUAUGGAAGCGCAUCACUGUCGGAGUGUGACAUCUGCACGCCACCGUCUGUUCUCAUCUUCUCAUCAUCUUGUACUCUGUCAUUCAGCCCCACCAAUAGCAGUAAUGAAGGUGCAUACGUUGUACAACUGGUGAUGGAGGACUUUCCCAGGCAGAAUAUCAUCCUGACUCAGACUGACGUUGACCCUGUGGUGACAUCCUGCACUGAGGGACUUUAUCUGCCCAAGUUUCUGCCUCCAACCCCAGCCAACAGAGCUCGGCUGUACGCUCCUGCCAAUCAGACCCUGGAAAUCAGCAUCAAGGCAGAGGCAAAUGUCUCCACAAUUAAUGAGCUGCUGUUCAGCGGGCCGUACAACACAAACCAGAUUAAUUCAGGAGUAGGACAGUACAUCCUGAGAUGGACGCCGUCUGAAAACGAAGAUGGAGAAAGCCACCCCAUCUGCUUUGUCAUCCAGGCAAAUAUCAAGAGCUACAAUCGCCAUCAUUACACCAACUACACAAAGUACAACCACCAUUCCUACAACCACUACCCCAUCCACAACUACUCCACCACAAAUUACAACUACUGCACCAACUACCACCACUACCCCAUCCACAACAACUACACCACAAAUUACAACAACUACCCCAUCCACCACAACUACACCACAAAUUACAACAACUACACCACCAACUACAACCACUACCCCAUCCACAACAACUACACCACAAAUUACAACUACAACACCAACUACAACCACUACCCCAUCCACAACAACUACACCACAAAUUACAACUACACCACCAACUACAACCACUACCCCAUCCACAACAACUACACCACAAAUUACAACAACUACCCCAUCCACCACAACUACACCACAAAUUACAACAACUACACCACCAACUACAACCACUACCCCAUCCACAACAACUACACCACAAAUUACAACUACAACAUCAACUACAACCACUACCCCAUCCACAACAACUACACCACAAAUUACAACUACACCACCAACUACAACCACUACCCCAUCCACAACUACUACACCACAAAUUACAACAACUACACCACCAACUACAACCACUACCCCAUCCACAACAACUACACCACAAAUUACAACUACACCACCAACUACAACCACUACCCCAUCCACAACAACUACACCACAAAUUACAACAACUACACCACCAACUACAACCACUACCCCAUCCACAACAACUACACCACAAAUUACAACUACACCACCAACUACAACCACUACCCCAUCCACAACAACUACACCACCAACUACAACCACUACCCCAUCCACAACAACUACACCACCAACUACAACCACUGCACCAUCCACAACUAAUACAACAGCAAGUCCACCACCUGGUUCUACACCUGACCAAACAACACCUGUAACCGAAGCCUCGAACCAAAUUGUUGCAGCUCUGAAAAUAAGGAUUUCCUCUACGUCUCCCCUGUCUGAGGACGACAUCAGGAACACAGUUAUACAACAG